AUGCGCUCCUUCAUCUUGCCCUCCAUCUUGGGUGCCAUGUCAAUGGCAACUCUAGCCCAAACCGCCUGUGUUGAGGAAGACAUUGAAUUCUUCGGGUGUGCACCGCUCGGAGCUUACUAUCCUGCACCUACUAUCGACAAAAGCUCCAAACCCAUCAAGAGCCUCGUCUCGAGCUUCACCAAGAUGUUUGACGAUCUUAUCAAGAACGGCGGCAGUGAGAAAUAUGGCCCUAUCAACGUCAACACUACAUCUUUCUCAGUGGUUAUUUUUGGUGGCGAUGAGAAGCUUCGAGAGGACCCUAUCUUCUUUGAGUAUCAUUACACAUCUCCGGAGGAUCAGGUAUCCAACGAGAACAUCACUCUGGCCACCAAGUUCCCUGUCGGAGACGUGAGCAUGGUCUUCACUGUCUACGCUUGGCUCGCCCAGAUGGGUGAGCAGUGGGAGACUCCUAUCACCAAGUUCCUGCCUGAACUGGCUGAUGUCAAGGCCCCAUUUGCACCUGUUUGGAAGGAUAUUACAAUUGGAGCAUUGGCUGGCCAGGUGUCUGGACUCAGCCGUGAAUCCAAGGCAUGUGCCGUUGGUGAAGAGUGCGACUGGGAGUCUUUCAAGGAGGCCAUCGCUACCAAGUCGCCCUACUUCCUUCCGGACACCACUCCUGUUGUUUCUUAUGCAGCAUGGCAGCUCCUCGUUUUCGCAAUGCAAAGAGAAAGUGGCGAUAAGUGGUCAUCCAUCAUUGACGAGACCCUUCUUAACCCUCUAAACAUGACUUCUAGCGGAGUCCUGGGCCAUGAUAUCAAGGACAUCUUUGCAAUGGAAAGCCUAAACACUUCUAUCGUUGGCGAGCCUGGCGCACUAUCAUUCGUCAGCUCCAUGCAGGAUCUCGCUCGUGCCGGCCACUCCAUGCUUGCUUCCGACAUACUUUCCCCAGCUAUCACUCGUCGCUGGCUAAAGUCCCACGCUGACACAUCAAACCUCCGUAACGGCGUCGGUCGUCCAUGGGAAGUCUAUCGUGCCGGAAACAAUAUCCGACCCAUCAUCGAUGCUCUAACCAAGGCUGGUACCAUCGGCAAAUAUGCUAGCUACUUCGGCCUCACAACUGAUUUCAACGCCGGUUUCGCCAUUCUGGCUCAUGACAGCACUGUCGAAGAGCGAAAGCUUGAUCUCAACGUCCACGCUGAUAUUGUCAGCGAAGUGCUUGGUUACCUCCCCCGGAUUGCAGCAGCUGAGACUGAGGUUCGGUAUGCUGGUGAAUUCGAGGGAGAGAAGUCCCAGGCGUCUUUCAACACUACUGGUAACGGUUAUGGCCUGGUUGUGGAGAAGCUGGUCAUCGAUGGAGUCAACGUCAAGGAUCGCACCGCUCAGAAGCUUGGUAUUGAGGCCAAGGAUCUUGACUUCAGGAUUUACCCUACCAAUGUCAAGACUGAGAGCCAGCAUCAAUUCGUCGCUGUUUUCCAGGACAGAAGUGCUCUCAUUGAUAUGGGUACUCCUACAUGCAUCACCUGGCAGGAAGUUGGUGCGGACGCUGAGAUUUAUGUCCGAUUCAGCAUGGAUAAGGAAGGAAUGGUCAAUGGCUUUGAGAUUCCUCAACUGGAUGUGAAGAUGGAGCGAGCUACUUGA